UACAGCUCUCCCAUGAUGCUUGGUUACAUUUUUUCCUAUCUCAGUAAGAGUCUGACAGCAAGUUUAAGCAGGAGGACUGUGACGUGUGGCCCUGUUCUCAGACACACAGAAGAAAAGGCAGGCUGCAGGGGAAAUCAGCAGAGCCCUGGUUUAUUUUCAUCUGUAACGAUGUUAGCCUUGCCAGCAUUUCGUAUUGGACACUUCCUGGCCAAAAGGGGCCUUCCUGCUUUUGCCAGCAUUCGAACUGCACAUGGACAUGAAAUCGCUAAACAGGAAGAUAUGUCUGUGCCAAAGUAUAUAGACCGCCAGGAUACACCACUGCCUGACGUCCCUUAUCAGCAAGAACUCAACAGUGAGCAAAGGGCUCUGAAAGUAAAGGAGAGGGGAUCUUGGAAGGACCUUACAAACGAGGAGAAACUAGCUAGUAAGUAGCUUAAAAUGUCAACA